AUGAGAGUCAACUACGUGUCGCUUUUUGACGUAUCGAAACGCCAUGGCGUUGGAAGAAAGAUCGCCUCUUUAAGAAACAAAGCGAAACUAGAGAAAACGAAACGACAUCAAAGCUCUGAGUACCAAGAAAAGAAAAUCUCUUCCUCAAUGGAAAAUGGUUCAACUUCCUCACUGAGAACUCCACACUUCUUCAAGCCUCUUCUUCCCGGAUUCCACAGCCAUACCAACAUUCCCAUAGCUUUCUUUUCAAAGCACUUAAAGGGAAUAAAAAACGAGGGCAGUGUGGUUGUGAAGCUGAUAUCGGACGCUUCUGAUAUAAUUUGGGAAGUGAAGAUGGACGGUCGGAGACUCACCCAAGGCUGGCAAAAGUUCGCCACUAGUCAUGAUCUCCGAGUCGGCGACAUAGUUAUUUUCAGACAUGAAGGAGAUUUGUUGUUCCAUGUCACACCUUUUGGACCUAAUUCCGACUCGGAUAAGUAUAAACACACAAGAGAAGCAGGAUCUUCAUCAGAUCACUCUUGUUUUGUAGCAAGUGUCACCGCGUGGAAUCUAAGCAAAGAUAUGCUGUUUCUUCCUAUGGAGUUCUCAAGAACUAAUGGUUUGAUGAAUCGUAAGUGUGAGAUCAUUCUACUGAAUGAAGGUGGGAAGCCAUGUAGAUUGCCCUUGGAUUAUCACAAAACACGCGGUCGGGUUUACAUCAAAAGUGGUUGGAAAAUUUUCUGCUGCGAAAAUCGACGAAGAGCCAAUGAUUUCUUGACCUUUAAACUUGUGCAAACCGGUACAGCACCUGUUAUCCAGUUGUGUUCAUCACACAGAUUCUUGACACUAACUCCCACACCAUACACUCUGAAGGCCUUUAAACUGUGUCUACCCGCGACAUUUAUGAAAGCAAAUGGUAUUGAGAAAGCGAGGAAGAUAACUCUAGUGGAUCGAUACGGUGUGAAAAGGACAACAAGUCUUAAACCUGAGGACAAAUAUGGAAGAAUGAGAUUGGGAAAAGAGUGGAUAGAGUUCUGUGAAGUUAAUGGAGGGAGUGAAGGCCGGCGAGUCCUUCAAGCUGGAACUCAUCAAAGAAGAAGAAGAUACAGCUACUCAUCUACUAAAUCUCAAACGCGCGAGGGUCGAUCCAGUGUGGAUAGGAUCAAGGCGGAAUCAUUGUUCCGUCGGAUGCGAGCUGCCCCAGUGCCGGUGCGUGUUCACGACGUGAUCGUCAGAGGAAACGAGAAGACCAAAGACCAUAUCAUCGAGGCGGAAGUGGAUGCUGUGAGAGAGGCGACCACGUUGCAGGAGCUUCUCGAAGCUUCUAGGGUUGCUAAUUCGAAUCUCCGUGCGCUAGAUAUCUUUGAUUCUGUCAACAUUACUCUCGAUUCUGGUCCUCCAGAGCUUCCUGGUACCACUAAUGUCGUAAUCGAAGUUGUCGAGAACAAAAACCCCCUCACUGGCCAAAUCGGUGCCUACACUAGAGCUGAGGCUAGAUCAUCAAGUGUUGAAGCAUCUUUGAAAUAUAAGAACAUUUUUGGAUAUGGAGAUAUUUGGGACGGGUCUGUAGUUUAUGGAUGUGACAACUCUACUGAGGUUGGCUUGGGGAUGUAUUUGCCGAAGUUCAUAGGACUUCCUACUCCUUUUACUUCCCGUCUUUACCUUUCGACUCAAGACUGGCUUAAGUUUUCAUCUUAUAAAGAACGAUCUCUCGGACUUUCUCUCGGUCUUCUCUCAACCAAGUAUCAUGAGCUGGUCUACACGGUUGCGUGGCGUAACCUGAUAGACCCAUCCCAAUCUGCUUCAAAAUCAAUAAGGAGGCAACUGGGACAUAGUCUGCUUUCUGCCUUGAAAUAUACUUUUAAAUAUGACAAGAGAGACUCCUACUUGAGGCCGACAAGUGGAUAUGCUUUCACCUCCACUUCUCAAAUUGGUGGUCUUGCUCCUGAUAGCCGAAGCCUACGCUUUUUGAAGCAGGAAAUCGAUCUUCGGUAUGCUGUUCCGUUCGGGUUUGGCCAUGCUGCUCUAAACUUUGGUGUCUCUGGUGGUGUCACCUUUCCAUGGGGAAGCGGAUACCAGAACCGCCCUUCCUCUGUGCCAGAGAGAUUCUUCUUGGGUGGCAAUUCAUCGCCUGUAUGCGCUUUAGGUGGGCCAUCCGCACUAUGGGGAUUCAAGAGCAGAGGAGCUGGUCCAAACGAACCAAAGAGCAAAGGCGAUGAUGAAAGAGAUUUUGUUGGAGGAGAUGCUGCGGUCACUGCAUUUGCGGACCUCUCAUUUGAUUUGCCAGUGAAGUGGUUAAGCGAGAGAGGAAUCCACGGUCAUGUGUUUGCUUGUGCAGGGAAUAUGACAAAGCUAUCAGAGAACGAGUUUAGAAACUUCACUGCUCCAAAGUUCUUGGAGACAUUCAGAACUUCAGUUGGUGCUGGAAUCGUCUUGCCAACUAGUCUCUUCCGUAUGGAGCUUAACUACUGCCAAAUAUUGAAGAAACAAGAACACGAUCGUGCGAGAUCCGGGUUUUUCCUGACAUUCUCGGCCGCCUCCUGA